AAAAAAAAUAAAGAAAUGAGCAUAAUAUGCACUCAUCGCCUACUCGACUCAGUGUCAGUCACACGGAUGUAUGUACACGGAAUCAUCACGGAGUGUCCUCGUGAGUGGCUCUAAUUUUACAGGAAGCGAGGAUACCACGGAUGACAAUGAUGUGUAUAGCUAUACGUAAAAAUUCAAGUUGAACUAUUGCUGUCAUCAUGUCGUUCAUGAUGUCAUCUUUAGUGGGAAUGUGCGCGCGAAGAAUAAACAAACAGUUGUUAACGCAUAAUGUUCCGGUUGUCAAACAAUUGGUGCGAAAUUUGGAGGUACACGAGCAUAUGGCGCACACCUUAUUGAGGAAAGCCGGUAUUCCGACCCCGCCUUUUUCGGUGGCAAAGACGCCCGACGAAGCCGCUCGUCUGGCCAAGGAUCUAGAUACGAAGGACCUGGUGCUGAAGGCGCAAGUUCUGGCUGGAGGUAGAGGGAAGGGACAGUUUAAGGAUAGCAAUGUCAGCGGCGUCGAAAUGUGCGAUACCCCCGAGCAGGUAAAGGAAUUGGCGGAGAGUAUGAUCGGCAAGGUGCUCGUGACUAAACAGACGGGCGCGGCUGGAAAGAUAUGCAAUUCGGUGAUGGUGACGGCGCGUAUGUUUCCGCGUAGAGAGUAUUACAUAGCGGUCAUGUUGGAACGUACCUUCGAUGGGGCCGUAAUAAUCGUUUCCAAGCAAGGCGGGGUAAACAUCGAGGAUGUCGCCGCCGCGAAUCCCGAGGCCGUGGCGUAUGUACCGAUCAACGUGAACGAAGGAUUAACGUCCGCGCAGGCGAGCAGCAUCGUCGAUAAACUGGGACUCACGGGGCACAGCAAGGAGAUCGCGUCGCUCGUCGUCUCCAGUCUCUACAAAUUAUUCGUGGAGAAGGACGCGCUGCUGCUCGAGAUCAAUCCAUUUGCGGAAGACAUCUGUGGCGAAUAUUACGCGUUGGAUUGCAAAUGCAAGUUCGACGACAGCGCCGAUUUCCGGCAGAAGGAGCUGUUCGCAUUGAAGGACACGACCCAGAUGGACCCGAAGGAGGUCGCGGCGGAGAAGUACAACUUAAAUUACAUCGCUCUCGACGGGAAUAUCGGUUGUAUGGUGAACGGGGCCGGGCUAGCAAUGGCCACCAUGGACAUCAUAAAGUUGUACGGCGGUGCACCGGCAAAUUUCUUAGACGUCGGCGGCACCGCCACAGUCGAGACGGUGACGGAGGGCUUCAAGAUACUGUCUUCAGACCCGAAUGUGGAAGCUAUUUUGGUAAAUAUUUUCGGCGGUAUAAUGAAAUGUGACAUAAUCGCUCAAGGGAUCAUAGACGCUACGAAACAACUGGAUCUGAAGGUGCCCAUAAUCGCGCGAUUACAAGGUACCAAUGUGGUUAAAGCUAAGCAAUUGAUACUGGAUGCCAAGCUGAAAGUAAUUUCCGUGGAUGAUUUCGCUCAAGCCGCCGAGACGUCCGUCAAACUGGCAUUGAUGAUGAAUAUCGCAAAGUCUUCAAAUUUAGAUAUUACUUUUAGUCCCAAAUCACCGAAGGAAAAGGAUUCUAAGAAAGUAAAAAACUGAUUCCUCUGUGGAAGAGUGUAAAAUAUUUUGUAUUCGUAUUCUACGAAAUAUAUCUUUUUAUAUAUGUAUAAAAAUAUAUAUUUAAAAAUUAGUAUAUACGUUUUUAAUUUUUCUACUACAUAUUGCAUGAUGACAAAAUGCUAAUGAUUUGUAAUAUUCAAGAAUAUUAAGAUAAUUUAAUUAAAGAAAAGAGAGAAAUAAAACAGUAA